UGUGUGUAGUACUGGUGGUUAUUUGUGGUUCUCUGUGCACAAAUGUUAUCUUCUUUGCUAACAGUCACCAAACAGACAUUAGCUAUCAUUGAAAGAAUGUGAUAAAAUGCUUUUACAUUCAUUAUGUAUAUUGCAGCAAUAAUGUAAGGCUGACAUAAAGUCCCUAGGCACACUUAGACUUGCCACUAGGCAUACCAUUUGGGAACGAUAGAUUAAGGCUAUCAAACUUCUGAUGUGGCUUCAUAAUAAAUACAAAUGCAAACAAUCAGAAAUAAUCAACUCUCUUAAAAAUCCUGUAUUCAAGUAGGUAAAACCAAGGUAUUAUGAGGCUUUUGGAGUGCCUUGCAAGGCCUGAAUGGCAGUCUGUCGUGGGCAUACCUUGCCUCUUGCCCUGUGACUGCUGAGAUAAGUUCCAAAGUCCCACGGGACCCAUGGAUGGAUUAUUUGUUGGCAUAUUGUCGAUUUGCCCUUCUUGGACCUUACGCCUGCCGUAGCUGUCAGUACAGCCCAAUGACAGUCACUGGUAUUCACUAGCUACUCGUUGAGAGACGCUUGAAAGAAGAUGCUUGUGUUUCUGUAGUUCUUCCAAGGGUAGUUAACAUGUCUCUCAAUGGAGGGGGAAGCAGAGGAUUUUAUUUCAACACCGUCCUGUCUUUGGCAAGGUCGCUGGCAGCUCACCGGCAGGCACCGAUAGACAAGGUUCAGAAGCUGCAAUGCAUGUGUCCAGUGGACUUCAGAGGAACCUUCCAGCUAGAUGAAAGGAGAAGAGAUGCUGUGAUUGCACUUGGCAUUUUUCUAGUCGAGUCAAACCUGCAGCACAAAGAUGCUAUUGUUCCCUACCUUCUUGGGCUGCUUAAAGGACUCCCUAAAGUUCAGUGGAUUGAGGAAAGCUCAGAACGCAAAGGAAGGGAUACCCUUCCUGUGGCAGAGAACUUCAGCUUUUGUCUUGUGACAUUGUUGUCGGAUGUUGCCCAAUGUGAUGAAACCUUACGAGGGCAGAUCCUGGACGCAGUUAUGGACAUCAUGCAGGUCCUGCAAGAUAUCUGCAAAAAUCCAGAAGCUCAUGACAAAGAAUACCUAUGUAGGUACACUGUGCCCACCUUACUUGGUGUUGCAAGAGCAUUUGGCCGAUACAGCAACACUGACGAGUCGUUACUAUCCAAGCUGUUUCCUCGACCAGUUGCUCCCUUGCUGUCCACAAAUGAUGAUAGUGAUACUGUCCGCCGACGGUCCUUCAAUGACUUCCGUUCAAUCCUACCAAGCUCUUUGCUCACAGUUUGUCAGGGAGACUCUCUGAAACGCAAAGGCUCCUCUGUGUCCAGUGUGUCACAACAGGCCAGUCCAGAGAGAGCAGGUCUGACACCUAACUCACCCGCUGAUCCCUCUGCACAGUACUUUGAAGGUUCUUACCUCCCCGAUGGCAGUGCAGUGGACCCUGACUACUACUUCUCCACCAUCAGCUCCAGCUUCUCUGUGUCCCCUCUUUUCACUGGAAGCAGCACUGGAGAGUUUCAUGUCCCUCUAGAUAUGCUCAGACAACUCCUUCACAUGGUUCAACAGUUUGUCUCUGAGUCAUUUUUAAAAUCACUGGAUGACACCUUGGCAGAACUUCAAGUGGUGAAUCCUGGUCUUCAUCUCUACUACAAAACCUUCAGUGAUCCUCUUUAUGUAGCCAUAUUUAAAAUGCUGAGAGACACUCUGUAUAAUAUGAAAGAACUUCAGACAGACUAUGUGAAGGAGGUUCAUGACUUUGUACUGGAGCAGUUUAGCAGCAGCCAGUCAGAGUUGCAGAGGAUUCUUCAUGAUGUUGAGUACCUCCAGAGUGAACUGAGCCCACUCAAACUGCGCUGUCAGGCUAAUGCCGCCUGUGUAGACCUCAUGGUGUGGGCUGUUACUGAGGAGCAGGGAGCUGAGAACCUUUGCACCAAGCUCUCAGAGAAACUGCAAUCAAAGACAUCCAGUAAAGUCAUCAUUGCUCACAUGCCCCUCCUCAUUUGCUGCUUACAGGGUUUGGGUCGUCUGUGUGAACGCUUUCCAGUGGUGGCCCACUCUGUUACCACAUCCCUGAGAGACUUCUUGGUUGUGCCCUCUCCUGUUUUGGUGAAGUUGUACAAAUAUCACAGCCAGUACACCCCAGGUGGUAGUGAAAUAAAGAUUCAUGUGACCAAUGAACAUUCCCAGUCAACACUCAGCACCCAUUCGAGCAAGAAGAGCCAGCCGUCCAUGUAUGAGCAGCUUCGGGACAUCUCCAUUGAUAACAUCUGCAGGUGCCUUAAAGCUGGCCUGACUAUGGAUAAUGUCAUUGUUGAAGCUUUUCUCGCCAGUCUGUCGAAUCGCCUUUAUAUCUAUCAGGAAAAUGACAAGGAUGCUCACUUGAUUCCAGACCACACAAUCAGGGCUUUGGGUCACAUUGCUGUGGCCUUACGGGACACCCCCCGAGUAAUGGAGCCCAUCCUUCAGAUUCUGCAGCAGAAGUUCUGCCAGCCUCCCUCCCAGCUUGAUGUCCUCAUCAUAGACCAACUUGGAUGUAUGGUCAUCACAGGGAAUCAAUACAUCUACCAGGAAGUUUGGAAUUUGUUCCAGCAGAUCAGUGUCAAGGCAAGCUCCAUGGUUUACUCUACCAAAGAUUACAAAGAUCACGGAUACAGACACUGUUCCUUGGCUGUUAUAAAUGCACUGGGUAACAUAGCAGCAAACCUUCAGGCUGAGCAUAUGGUUGACGAGCUACUAGUGAACCUGCUAGAACUCUUUGUUCAGCUGGGCUUAGAGGGCAAGAGAGCUAGUGAGAGGGCCUCAGACAAGGGCCCAGCUCUGAAGGCAUCAAGCAGUGCCGGAAAUCUUGGAGUCCUUAUUCCAGUCAUUGCAGUGCUGACAAAGAGGCUACCACCAAUCAAGGAGGCAAAGCCACGCCUGCAGAAGCUCUUUAGAGACUUCUGGCUCUACUCCGUAGUCAUGGGAUUUGCUGUGGAGGGUUCAGGUUUGUGGCCAGAGGAGUGGUAUGAAGGGGUUUGUGAGAUAGCGACCAAAUCACCAUUGCUCACAUUUCCCAGUGGAGAACCUUUACGCUCAGAGCUGCAGUACAACUCUGCCCUGAAGAAUGAUACUGUCACUCCGGCAGAGCUGAAUGAUCUACGCAGUACCAUCAUCAACCUGCUGGAUCCUCCUCCAGAGGUGGCUGCUCUCAUCAACAAGCUGGACUUUGCCAUGUCCACAUAUUUGCUGUCUGUUUACAGAUUGGAGUAUAUGAGGAUGCUGCAUUCUCUGGACUUGGACCGCUUUCAGGUUAUGUUUCGAUACUUUGAGGACAGAGCAAUACAGAAGGAUAAAUCUGGUAUGAUGCAGUGUGUGAUUGCUGUUAGCGACAAGGUUUUUGAGGUCUUCCUGCAAAUGAUGGCUGAGAAACCAAAAACCAAAGCCCAUGAGGAGGAGCUUGAACGCCACGCUCAGUUCCUCCUGGUGAACUUCAACCACAUCCACAAAAGGAUCCGUAGAGUGGCUGACAAAUACUUGUCUGGCUUGGCUGAAACUUUCCCCCACUUGUUGUGGAGUGGCCGUGUCCUGAAGACUAUGCUGGACAUUCUGCAGACUCUUUCCCUCUCACUCAGUGCAGACAUUCAUAAAGAUCAGCCUUAUUAUGACAUCCCAGAUACACCAUACAGAAUCACUGUCCCAGACACGUAUGAAGCCAGAGAGAGCAUAGUGAAGGAUUUUGCGGCACGCUGUGGAGAAAUUCUUAAAGAGGCUAUGAAGUGGGCUCCAUCUGUGACCAAAUCCCACCUACAGGAGUAUCUAAACAAACAUCAGAACUGGGUAUCAGGCCUCUCCCAGCACACAGGUCUAGCCAUGGCCACAGAAAGCAUCCUGCACUUUGCCGGUUACAACAGGCAGAGCACCACACUGGGGUCCACUCAACUAACUGAGAGGCCAGCCUGUGUGAAAAAGGACUACUCAAACUUCAUGGCCUCUCUCAAUCUCAGGAACAGAUACGCUGGAGAGGUAUCAGGUAUGAUCAACUUUGCCCAGGCAGUCCGGGGACAGUCUGAUUUGGGCCGACUGAUGAUUAAACAGUUGGGAGAGGCAUUAGACUCUGCACAGCCUGAGGCUUUUACUGAGGCUAUGUUCAAACUGACUGCCUUGCUCAUCAGCACCAAAGAUUGUGAUCCUCAGCUCCUGCACCACCUGUGCUGGUCUCCACUCAAGAUGUUUACAGAACAUGGUAUGGAAACAGCAAUCGCCUGUUGGGAGUGGCUGCUGGCGGCACGUAUAGGAGUGGAAGUACCGUUCAUGCGAGAGAUGGCAGGAGCAUGGCAGAUGACUGUGGAGCUGAAGAUGGGCUUGUUCUCGGAUGCUCAGGUGGAGGCUGAUCCUCUGGCUGCCUCAGAGGAAAGCCAGCCCAUCCCCUGCCCUCCAAAUGUUACCCCUCACCAUGUCUGGAUAGAGUUUCUGGUCCAGAGAUUUGAGAUAGCAAAAUACUCCAGUGCAGAUCAAGUGGAAAUCUUUGGCAGUUUGAUGCAACGCUCUCUGUCUCUAGAUGUUGGUGGGGCUAAGAACAGCCUCAACCGCCAUGUAGCUGCCAUUGGACCUCGCUUCAGGCUGCUCACUCUUGGUCUGGCUUUGCUCCACUCUGACGUCGUCACCAAUGCAACUGUAAGAAAUGUGCUUCGGGAGAAGAUCUACUCUACUGCCUUUGAUUACUUCAGUGUGGCUCCAAAGUUCCCCACCCAGGGUGACAAGCGUCUCCGUGAGGACAUCAGCAUCAUAAUCCGUUUCUACGCCAGCAUCCUGUCUGACAAGAAGUACCUGGCAGCCUCUCAUUUGGUCCCACCUGGUGAGCUUGGUACUACCCCAGCCCCGAGCACGCUCUCUGCUGGGAUAUUUGGAUCGCUUAUCGUGUCCAGCACUUCUCCAAUAUCUAUCUUAAAUAAUCAGGACGCAUCUUUGAACAGCCUGUCAGUGAUGAACGCUGCUGAUCUGAGGGGCAACAUGGAUUCCAGCUCCCGCACCCAACAGACUGGCCAGGGAUGGAUCAAUACCUACCCGCUGUCGAGUGGCAUGUCCACCACAUCCAAAAAAUCAGGCACAUCCAAGAAAAGUAACAGAGGAACGCAGCUUCACAAAUACUACAUGAAACGCAGGACUCUGUUGCUGGCAUUACUGGCUAGUGAGAUCGAACGGUUGACAACGUGGUACAACCCCCUCUCCACACAAGAGCUGGCCAUUGCCACAGAGCAGUCAGUGGAGACAAGCAUCGCGAACUGGAGGUCCAAAUACAUCAGCCUGACAGAGAAACAGUGGAAGGACCACGUCAACCUGGCCUGGAGUAUCGCUCCAUUCCUGGCUAUGCAAUUACCAACAAGAUUUAAGAAUGACGCCAUUGUUGCUGAAGUGACCAGACUUGUGAGACUGGACCCUGGUGCAGUCAGUGAUGUGCCCGAGGCUGUCAAGUUCCUGGUGACAUGGCACACUAUUGAUGCUGACUCCCCUGAGUUGAGCCACAUCUUGUGUUGGGCUCCAGCUGACCCGCCCACUGGUCUGUCCUACUUCAGCAGCAUGUACCCUCCUCAUCCCCUUACUGCUCAGUACGGGGUUAAAGUGCUACGCUCUUUUCCUCCAGAUGCCAUCUUAUUCUACAUUCCUCAGAUUGUUCAGGCUCUGCGUUAUGACAAGAUGGGUUACGUGAGAGAAUAUAUCCUGUGGGCAGCCCAGAAGUCUCAGCUUCUUGCCCACCAGUUCAUCUGGAACAUGAAGACCAACAUCUUUAUGGAUGAAGAGGGCCACCAAAAAGACCCUGACAUUGGGGAGCUGUUGGAGCAGAUGGUUGAGGAGAUCACAGGUUCACUGUCAGGUCCUGCCAAAGAUUUCUACCAGAGAGAGUUUGACUUCUUCAACAAAAUCACCAACGUUUCUGCUAUUAUCAAGCCAGUUCCAAAGGGCGAGGAGAGAAAGAGAGCUUGCCUCAAAGCUCUGUCCGAUAUCAAAGUGCAGCCAGGUUGUUACCUCCCUAGUAAUCCUGAAGCCAUAGUACUGGACAUUGAUUACAAGUCUGGAACACCUAUGCAGAGUGCUGCCAAGGCUCCCUAUCUGGCCAAGUUCAAGGUGAAGCGCUGCGGAGUGAGUGAACUUGAGAGGGAGGGUCUCCGCUGCCCAUCAGACUCUCUGGAAGAUGGAGAGGAGAAUCCAGAUGGGUCAAAGAAGGUUUGCUGGCAGGCCGCCAUCUUCAAAGUGGGAGAUGACUGCAGACAGGAUAUGCUUGCACUGCAGAUCAUAGGGCUUUUUAAGAAUAUCUUCCAGCUGGUCGGCCUGGAUUUGUUUGUCUUCCCUUACAGAGUGGUGGCUACUGCACCAGGGUGUGGCGUGAUUGAGUGCAUCCCGGAUUGUAAAUCCAGGGACCAGCUCGGUAGACAGACUGACUUUGGAAUGUAUGAUUACUUCCGGAAUCAGUAUGGUGAUGAAUCCACCCUCGCCUUCCAGAAGGCUCGUUAUAACUUCAUCCGCAGUAUGGCCGCUUACAGCCUUUUGCUGUUCCUGCUGCAAAUCAAAGACAGGCACAACGGCAACAUCAUGCUGGACAGCAAGGGCCACCUCAUUCACAUAGAUUUUGGCUUCAUGUUUGAGAGCUCUCCUGGAGGUAACCUGGGCUGGGAGCCAGACAUCAAGCUGACAGAUGAGAUGGUGAUGAUCAUGGGAGGCAAGAUGGAGGCCACACCUUUUAAAUGGUUCAUGGAGAUGUGUGUCAGAGGAUAUCUGGCUGUACGCCCAUACAUGGAUGCAGUAGUUUCUCUAGUGACCCUCAUGCUGGACACUGGACUCCCAUGUUUCAGAGGACAAACCAUAAAACUUCUCAAAGGACGUUUUAAUCCGCAAAUGAGUGAAAAAGAAGCGGCAGCAUUCAUCAUCAAAGUCAUCCAAAGCUGUUUCCUCAGUAGCAGGAGCAAGACAUACGACAUGCUGCAGUAUUACCAAAACCAGAUUCCAUACUGAAGAUAAUCUCCCAGCCUUCCACUGUGCAUCCAGAACAAACGAGCAAUGCUGUGUUUUUAUAAAACUGAAUGAGGUGGUGGUCCCGAACACUACUCUGCUCCUCAGAGUUUGGCAAAAAUGAUGCACUUUAACGCUAAAUCAUCUCAUUCUCAUGUAAUUACUUACACAAGACUGAAAAAUGAUGUGUGUCGUUUACUAAACAGGUAUCUGAAAGGCCCUUUAAGUAUUUUCUUGAUGCUGUUACUUGUUACUGUGCAACACUAACUUAAGGGUCACAUUAGAGGAACUUGGCCUAAAAGGGAGCCAUCUUUACAGUGUUUGUAAAAAGCAGCUGUUAUCAUUUUGUUCCUAUGCUGUUACCCAUUUUGAUGCACUUUAUUGAGUACAGUAUUUCUGCAGCUUCACCUGCCUACAGUCAAGAGAUUAAAGCUCAAAUGUAAGACAUUAAAAUACUCUGAAGAAAUGUAGAUGUUUUUAAAUUCAUCCAAAAUGAAUGCAGCAGUCAAUCAACAUUUAACCAGUAGUCUUUAGAAAUGUAAAGGUGUUUAGAGAAUCAGACAUACUUAUGCUGUAGCUUGUACUGUAGAUUAUUUGCUGUAGAAUCACAUCAGCACAGGCGGUUUUCUGUGAUGUAUGUGUAGGGUUAUGUGUGACAAACUUUUAACUGUGCUACUUUGAUGGUUACACCUUUUCAUGCGAGUCUUUAUAUGUCAUAUCUGUUGUAUGGAGGCAUUUUUACACAAAACUUUGGUUCUGGUUGAGCCUUUUGUUCCCACUAAUUUACCAAUAGUUGACAUUGUAUCUCUAUUUGUCUAGAGCAGAUGCACACAGCAGAAAGUUCUGCGAGGUUAUACAUUUAAGUAGCACUUACUUAAUCUGCAAAACAGCUCACAUUAGUACAAGUAAUUACUGUUAAAUAACACAUAAAGAGAGCAAGUGUUGCAGCUGGAAUGUGCAUGGCAUAUGUUACUCACAAUCAAAAUACAAAACUUAUUUUGUAUGAACAAAAUAGUUACAUUAACAUAGGCAAAUAUGAGCAAUAUUAAAAGACUUUCAUGCAGCGUUUAUUGUGCAGGAUUGUGUGUCUUUUCUUGCUACUGCCUGUCUUUAGAUUAUAAAACAGAGGCACAACUGAGACAAAAAAGUGAACCUUAUCUUAUCUUGACUUACAGUGUUAAUGAGGAAAAAAAUAAGAUUUUACUUUAUAGUGGUUACAGGUUGUCGUUACUUGAGGGGCCAUGGUGCUAGUACAUUAAAUGCAAUGAAUAAGAGCCCGAACAAUUUGGUGGCAGCAAUAUUUUUCCAAGAGGAAAAGAGCAAAUAAUGUAUCUUUGGUUUCACUGAAAUUUUUAUAAACUCUUGGAAUGGAUCCAAAAAGGUGGCAAAACUCAUACCAGGUAGUCCAAA